AUGGUACUCGGUAUUAAGCACUUCUGCUGUCAAAGCUGGGCCUAUCAUGCAAUGGGAGCCGGGUUCGCACAGACCUUGACCCAGCAAACGCCUUCCAAGAAGAGGAAUGGAAUGACAAGCGUUUUUCGUGCAGCCAUUGCUUCGACUCUCGGUACAUCCGCAGAGUCAUGUGCAAUCACCAACCUGACUCUCGUGAUUCAAUUUUUCGAAGCAGGUGGCGUCAUUUGGCACCUGGACACCGCAUCGAUCUUCCGUAGCUCCAGGAUGCUCUGA